AUGCAAGCUGUGAAAAAGAUUCAGAAUCCGUGGACCAGUGGAGUCAAGUGGAGGGUUGUGGGAAUUUCUUCAAAAAGACCAAGUGGUGGAGAAAAGUUGAAAACCAUGUGUGACGAAGGUAGUGGCAGACAAGGAAUGGUGCAGAAUGAGAAGCAAGAGAGAGGGGAGAAAGGAAACAAAAACAGUGCCUUCACAUUGUUUUUGACUCAAUGGGUCAUGUUUGGGGCGUUAUCCAUUGCCAUUACUACUUCAGUUUCAGGGGUUGUGGCCGUGAAUUUCUCAUGUGAUGAAGUUUACAAUGACUGA